CUUCAUUAUCCAAAGCCCAUGCACUUCCCGGUGUAUACACGAUCUCUACCUACCUCUUUCGAGAUAGGAUUUUUAAAAAUUUGAAUAUCAGCUUUAAAAUUUUAACGCCGCGUGCCGUGAAACACCAAACUUAGCUAAGACACCCCAGUGUCCCAAGAUAACAUGUUGUGAAUCAAUUUUGUUUUUUGCCUCAAGAAACUGAUUCAACUAAAAAUGCUGGUCAACCUCGUUCGUCGAUGUUUUGUUCCUCACCAGAACUCUUUGUUAUCAAAUCUUGUUAUCCCUAGUCUCGGUCCUAGAAAGGGCCUCUUACAUUUUCCUCACCUUGCGGCUGGCAGCAGGACUUUCAGCCAGUUAAGAUGCGGCAUGUGCCGUCGAAGACCACUGGAAGUAACAAGCUUUACCCCCUAUACCAAGUCUUGCCAAAAAUAUGAGAAGAAAGAAGAAGCUAGCAGCUUGCAAUUUAUUCAAAUGAGAUACAUCAGCUCGGCUCAACUUGUCGAUAGCACCCCUAAGAGUAUACAACCGUACUUGAGGCUCAUGCGAUUGGACAGACCAAUUGGUUCUUGGCUUCUGUUUUGGCCAUGCGGCUGGGCGAUAGCAGGCAGUGCAGCCCCAGGUUGCUUGCCAGACAUAGCCUUGCUGUCCCUCUUUGGUGCUGGAGCUGUGAUAAUGAGAGGCGCAGGCUGUACUAUCAAUGACAUGUGGGACAAAGACAUAGAUGGAAAAGUUAGUAGGACGAAGGAUCGACCGCUCGUCAGUGGACAGUUGACUCGAGGGGAUGCUCUAGUCUUUCUGGCUGGGCAGUUAGGCCUUGGAUUGGCGAUCUUGCUGCAACUUAAUUGGUACAGCAUUGUCCUCGGAGCCAGUUCAUUAGGUCUGGUCAUUGUGUAUCCCUUGAUGAAGAGAAUUACUCACUGGCCACAGCUGGUUCUUGGCAUGACCUUCAACUGGGGUGCGCUCCUCGGUUGGUCUGCAGUUCAGGGUUCUUGUGACUGGUCAGCUUGUCUACCUCUCUACGCAGCUGGCGUCUGCUGGACAAUUAUUUAUGACACAAUUUAUGCCCAUCAGGAUAAAGCUGAGGACCUAUUGAUGGGCAUAAAGUCAACUGCAAUAAGGUUUGGGGAGAAUACAAAAUUGUGGCUAUCAGGCUUUGCACUGGCCAUGUCCUCAAGCCUUAUCCUUUCUGGACUGAACUGUGAUCAAACUUGGCCAUAUUUCCUGUCGGUUGGUGUCAUAUCAGCUCACAUCUCGCACCAGCUCUACACUUUGGAUAUUUCCCAGGCAAACGACUGCGCCAGAAAAUUUGUGUCUAACCAUUACGUCGGUCUGCUGCUCUUCCUGGGGAUCGUGUUUGGGAAUUAUUUAAAGAACAGAACUACGCCCAAGGUAACAGUGGAAGUUGAUACCAAAGAGAAAGUCGCGUUAUUCCAGUAAAAUUACCAGGUGUGAAACGAUAAUAAAAGAUUUAAUCAAACUGCA